GGGGUGAAGAUAUGUACAUACCUCUUACAUUACCUUAUGUCAAUGUAUGUAAUAAAAAGGAAGUGACGUCCAUUCGCGGCCGUUCUAAAUCGCUUCGUCAGCGCAAAAUCCGGGGCACCGCAAAUCUCCAUCCGUUUUCCCACCAUCUUUCGUCUCUUGCCGACACCCCCUCAUCACACCCCUACGCGACACCCGAGAAACCUCACGAGGCGGACCCCGAGCAGUAUAGAUAUGUACUAUUAACUAACAUUUUUACUAUUUUUUAUUUUUUUUUCGUUAUAGCGUUCAUUGUAUUAUAACGGAGAUAAAGUCGGUGGCGUAGUAAUGCCAUCGGCUGCCGUAAAUCAUGCCGCGAGGUCCGAGUUCAUAUCUCAGGGAGAGGAAAAUGCCAAUCCCAUCGUCAGCAAAAUGGACGGGGUUGUCAGGAAAGCUAGCAAUGCCGUCACGGGAGCGACGGCGCGGAGUCCAAGUCCAAGUCCAGAUCCAGACGAUGAUAUACCACCGAUAGCAAUAAAGGGGAAACAGCCGGAUAAACAUAGUAUGGACUAUGUCCUUCGUUCCUUUGUCGCCGGAGGUCUCGCAGGGUGUGCUGCCAAGACUACCGUCGCUCCUCUCGAUCGAGUCAAGAUCCUCUUCCAGACCGGCAAUCCGCAGUUCGCAAAGUAUCAGGGUUCGUGGGCCGGCUUCGGGAUAGCGAUACGUGAUAUAUAUGCUCGCGAGGGAGUAUCAGGUCUAUUCCGCGGACACUCAGCUACUCUCUUAAAAAUAUACCCUUACGCCGCUGUAAAGUUUGUUGCCUAUGAACAAUACCGCGCCUUACUCAUCGGCUCAAACCGCCAAAACGAAACGUGGUUCCGACGGUUCUCCUCCGGUGCGUUGGCCGGUGUCACAUCGGUCUUCCUCACAUAUCCUUUAGAGAUUGUUCGCGUGCGGAUGGCAUUCGAAACGAAAGCCACGCGACCGUCGCUUAUCGAGAUCUGCAAAAAGAUUUAUCACGAGCACCCUGUAUCGAAACCACCUGCUGCGAAGACAGCGACCAGGCCAGGUGCCACCGGAAAUAUAACCGCGGCCACAGCAGCAACAGCGCAGUUUGUAACCCCUCGCUCUGGUUUGGUUAAUUUUUAUAGGGGGUUUUCUACAACUCUCUUGGGUAUGGUACCGUACGCCGGCGUGUCAUUUCUAACUCAUGAUACCGUGAGCGAUCUCUUCCGCCUACCAUCUAUUAGGAAAUAUACUACCCUUCCUAAACCAGCCAAUGCUCCCGCCGAUAAACCUGCACCGCUUCAAGCAUGGGCUGAGCUAAUAGCUGGAGGACUCUCGGGUGUUGUAUCACAAACCGUGUCUUACCCGUUGGAGGUGAUUAGACGGCGGCAGCAAGUUAGCGGGGCUGUAGGGGAUGGACGCCGUUUACGAAUAGGCCAGACGGCGGCUAUGAUCUUUAGAGAACGAGGGAUCUCCGGGUUCUUCGUCGGGCUAUCGAUUGGUUAUGUGAAGGUAUUACCUAUGGGCGCCGUGAGCUUCUACACGUGGGAACGGCUGAAAAUACUGUUCAAUAUCUAGACAAACAAAAGCUGUACAUAUGAAGGAUUUGCGGUAGCAUUAUCGGAGUGUAGGCGUUUAUGGCAUAUACCAUGCUUGGGUGCAGCAUGACGAGUUGGAGUCUAGCUCGCGGUGGCCCAGGACUUGGGGUCCCUGUGCAUUGAUUGGUAUGGAUACAUGGAAUAGCAAGGCAUAACUAACAGACAUAGAGAGAAGUAUUGUCUACAUCAAUUGUUAACGACCCCUUUCCUAUUACAUCUGUUUUAAUUUCGUAAAUUGCUAGCUUCUUUAAGUUUGACUU